AUGCCUUUCCAGCUGUCCAGCUGGCAUGCGCAAUGGCUCGGUCGACUGCGCUCCGCCCUCCGCCUGCUGGUCAUCGUGCUCAGCGGCGCCGUCCUCGUCUUCCUCGGCCACACCCUCGAGAUCUUCCGCGGCAACCGCUACAUCGACCUUCGCAAGAAUGAGCUGCCCAUGACCUGGCCUGCCCGCACCAACCUCUGGCCGACCCUGAUUCUCUUCACCGUCGCCCUCGGCAGCUUCAUCGCAUCCGUCACCAUCGUCGCCUUGUCCUUCAAGCGAUCCUUUCGCAGACCGACCCGAUCUGCAGGCGUAUACCGCGUCGUCGGUGGAUGCUGCGGCGUGCUCCUCUGGAUCGUGGCCAUCGCAGAGUUCUCGUUACUUGACAGGGCCAGCAAAGCCAGCUUGGGCAGGUAUUCCUGCGGCAACAGCCACAUCCUGAGCAAUGGACGCUACCAGUAUCGCGCCGUCUGCGAAGAACAAGGAGUCGCAUUCUACAUCGCCAUUGGCGCCGCCGCCGCUGAACUCGCGACUCUCCUCACCUUAGCCGUUACCACCCCAACAUCCCCGGACCAGUACAUUCCGGGUCCAAAGGACGACCACGAAAAGAAGCGAUCGAUGAGCAUCAGCGGCAGCACCAAACGCUUCCCAUGA